UAUUUUAAUCUACCCCCCCACACUAAAAAUACACAUAUAUCAAUUUAUAUAUAUCAAACGCACAGGCAGGAGAGAGAGAGAUUUGGAGGAGUCAAGCAAUUAAACGCUUUGCUUGUGCGCAGAUCCCAAGCAGGCUGGCGGCGGAGUAAGGCGCACGUGGAUCAGCAGGGCUUUUCUUGCGUGUAAAGCUACAGAGGAUCGGGCUGUUGGGCGUGUUGCGAGGGAGGAAGGAGGAAGAAGCCUCUUCAGCCUUUCGGAGAGGCGCCUUCCUCGUUACUGCGCGGAGAGAAAUAGGAUUUUUUUUAUUGACUUAUUUGAACGCGCCUCCUCUUCCCCUGGACGAGCUGCUUGCUUUGAAGUUUGGAGAGUCCUCCUUUAGGGGAGGCGCACGUGGCUUUGGAAGGAUCUGGGUGCGUCAAAAAGGCUUAUGAAUUACUUCGGACGUCUUGCAGUCGUAAAAAAAAAAACUGGGUCGAAACAACAAUACUGAGGAAAACACAAUAGCAGACCUGGAUUUAUUCGCUUUCUCCCCCUCCCGCCGCAGGAAGAAAUCUAGCAUCUCACCUCUCUUGUACCUGCCUUAGGAUCAGCCUGUUGCUCAUAGGUGAGCAAAGAAAGUCAAGGGCUGGAUGCUGAACAGUCCACCUAUCCACCAUCGUUUUCAGCAAACGCUUGGGAGAUUUUAUCUUGGUGGCUGGAUAAGACCAUCCUUCGCAAGAGAGAGAGAAUACAGCUGUGGGGCAGGCACCGAAGUUAGGAAUUGGUCCCUAGUUCCCACCAGUUCCGGAACUGCCCAGGUGCAAAAUGGAGAGUCAGGAUUCAGCGGGUCCUGAAGCAGGAAUUCGAAAACCUCCCCAGGUCCUCCAGGCUGGGAGCAUUUGGGGAUUCCUCCACAAAAUCCCGGCACACCAGGUGAAACCGGAACCAGGGGAGGCCACCCUUCAACGCUGGGAAGCCCAAUGGCAGGAGUUCCUGCGGAAAAUGGAGUCCCCACACUCAGCCUGGGGGGCCCCACAGUCGCCUGAGGAGCCGACGCCCUGGGCGGACACGGAGGGAUUUUUGGCCUCCUUCGAGCAAGUGGCGAAAGCCUGCCGGUGGCCCAGAAAAGAGUGGGUGGCCCGACUCCUGCCGGCCCUCAGUGGAGAAGCCGAGUGGGCCUUUAGAACCCUGGAGAUGAGCGACAGAGAGGAUUAUGGGAAGGUGAAGGCGGCCAUCUUGAGAGGGGAUGCCUUGAGCAGGGAGGAGCAGCGUCAGCGCUUUAGGCGCUUCUGCUACCAGGCGGCCCAGGGGCCGAGAGAGGCCUACAAACAGCUCCAGGAGCUUUGCCAGGGUUGGCUGAAGGUGGACAGACACACCAAGGAGCAGAUCUUGGAGCUGCUGAUCCUGGAGCAGUUCCUGACCAUCCUGCCGCUGGAGAUCCAGAGCUGGGUCAGAAAACAGGACCCAGAAACCUGCUCGCAGGCAGUGGCCCUGGCCGAGGAUUUCCUGCUGAGGCAGCAAGUGGCUGCUCAGGACCAGGACCAGCAAGCACUGGUGGGGGAGGCCAGCCCCCUCCCAGAGGAAGAACAGGAUCUGUCUGAUGCCAAGGGGAUGGUGCUCUGCACAGCCACCAAGGCGGAGGCGGAAGGUGAAGCUGUCGGCUCCCCGGUGGACCCAGAUGCUGGCGAACUGGACAACAGGACCGUCGAGGAUUUUGAGCAGGAAGGCCCUCGGUCGGAAGACGUGCUUGAGAUCUCGUCAGGAAGCUCCCGCGAGAAUCUGUCCUUCUCCAUGGAGAUUGGAGGUGGUAGGCUGCUGCACAUGCAGGGUGAGGAAUCACCGGAGAUCCCAUCGCUAAAAUCGGAACAUUGGAAUGAAGUGGGAAUCUACAGGCAUCAAGAGGAAGCAGAGAUGCAGAGUGAAGAGCAAAAACAGAAGUGGGAGAUGAAAUCUGGGGCUAGUUCGGCUGGUGACCUUUGCCAAACAACUGCCCCACAAAGACUGUAUAAAGGAACAGGAAGGAAACAGUGCCCUGUGUGUGGGAAAAUCUUUACCACGCAAUCAAGCGUUAAUAGACACUUGAGAAUCCACACGGGAGAGAGGCCAUAUAAAUGCUCCUAUUGUGGGAAAACCUUUAAUCAAAGAGUAAUCCUAACUAACCAUGAGAAAAUCCACACAGACCGGAGGUUAUCCCAAUGCUCUGACGGCGGGGACAGCUUCAGCAGCAAAGCAAACAUUACUGGACAGCAGAUAAUAUAUUUGGUUGCUAGUCAUGAUAGCUAUAUGCUACCUUCGGGAUCAGAGGCCGCAUCCCCCUGAAUGCCAGUUGCUGAAGGACAACAGUGAGAAAGGGCUAUUGCACUCAUGACCUGCCUGUGGGCUUCCCAGAGGCAUGUGGUUGGCCACUAUGGGAACAGGAUAUUGGACUAAAUGGGCCUGUAGUCUGCCUCGCCUGAUGCCACUGUGAAGAUUAACACAUUCAUUGCAGCAUAGGUUUUUGUAGACUGGAAUGCACUUGAUCAGCUUACGCCAUAAUCAGGAUAACUUUGUCAAGCCUUUAAGGUGCUACAAUAUUCUUUGCAGUUUUUGCAAAGAGUGGGCUGAGCAAUGAAUGUAAAUUUCUCCUUUGUACAGUGUGCCAGUUUCUAUACAUGCUUGCACACCCCUCUCUAUCCUCUGCCCAGAAAAGUGAAAGGGAUUAUCCCAUGAUGGCUGGUGCCUAGGUGUGUCCAACUGAAGCCACCGUAUAUUGCUUUCUUGCUCACCAUGCCUCCCUUUGCUAUUUUGUUUCCUCUGUGUCAUAUUUUUAGAUUGUAAGCUCCUAGGGGCAAGGACCGGUCCUCUUGUACUUAACGGUGGCUGGUGCCUAUUGGGACUGGUAGGGUGGAAGGUGGGCGGCCCCAAAGCAGGUGCAGUCAGAGCCAACCAAUUCUAGUUGUGCCUCCACCCUUAUCCCUGUACAAGACUCAGGAAGAAGAAGCUGACAGUGACAUGCUCUGGACUGGUUGUAAGUAAGAAGGCAGGGCAGGCUUCUGUUCCCUCUAGGUUCAAUGAUGUGAUGCCAAGUGGCAUAGCAAAAUAUUCUUGAAUAGCUGCUUUUGCUCUUAAACCUCAUUUAUCCAACUUUCUGAUGCUGUAGCUGAAGGACGUCUAAGAGGCUUGCGAUGUCAGUACAAGCAGUCCAGUUUUGUUCAUCUACUCUAAGGCCUCUUCAUAUUCUUCCCCCAGACACGCAUUUUCAUCUUUGAGCGGGCUCUGCUUACUAAUAUUUGUACUCACUGGAUUAAAAAAAAAUGAGUCAAAUGUUACCUGGUAUCCUGGCAAUUCCCAAUUUCUCCUCAUUUUACAUAUGGUGCUGGACAACUAACGCGCUCCCACAGGAGGCAGUGAUGUCCUCCAACUUGGAUGGCUUUACAAGAAGAUGAGAUGAAUGCACGAGUGAGAAGGCUACUAACCCUGAUGACUAUGCUCAGCGUUUGCGGUUGGAGGCAGUAAGCCUCUGAAUCCCUGCUUCUGGGAAUCACAAGUGGGGAGAGGGCUGUUGCGUUCAGGUCCUGCUUGGGGGCUUCCCAUUGGGGCAUCUGGGUGGCCACUGGGAGGACAGGAUGCUGAAGGAGAUGGGCCAAAAUUGUUCACCUAGAGUGGGUCAGGCGCCUCAGGCCCCGGCAUCCUCUAAGCCUCUAUAUCUGCCCUUUGGGUCUCUCCCCCUAGGCACCACCCCUUGCUGGCCCGGCUUUGUACCUUCCUCCUCAAAUGUUCUGGCUUGGAUGGAAAACCUCUUUGCACUCUGAAAAUGCCUCUGGGUUGCCUGAGUGGAUGGGGUGGAUUCAGAAACUGGCCUGCUGUACAAAGGCAAGAGUUUUCAUUCAUUGUCUUGCUCACUUUUGACUCUGGCCACCACCCACUACAGGCAUGUGGCCCCUGGCAGGUUGCCCAGCAAGGAAUGUGGCCCUCAAAGCGUUUCUCCACCCUUGCCCAAGAAGUAGAGCCCUCUUAAUUCCAGUGGUGGUUGGUGCCCGUUGGGAUUGAUGGCUGGUAGGCCAACAGUAGGUGGAGCCAGAGCCGACGUUAGGGUGACACAACUAAUGCUAGCUUUGGCCCCAUCCUCGUCCCUGCUGAGUUCUACGAGGACAACACUGAGAUUCAGGAGGAAGAAGCUGACAACCAGUGCCACUCAAUAGACUGGACUGUAAGUAAGAAGCCAGAUUGGUAGGGGCUGGCUAUGGGCAGGGUGAGGUUGGUGGGACAAUUUGCCCUCGUGGAGCAGCCUUCACUGGUCAAUAAUCCUUUCCAAAUGGAUUACUCAUCCAUUUUCCUUCACUAUCCAAUGUUCAUCCCCUUAAUUAGUUAUGGAUAGAUCUAGGAACCUGCCUGGGCUGUGAGAUUGUCAUUUGAGGCCCUUCUCUGCAUGCCGCCUCUGAGGGAGGCUUGGGGGGUGGUGAGAAAAUGGGGCCUUUUCUGUAGUGGCCCCGUUUAUGGAAUGCUCUCCCCAGAGAGGCCUCUCUGGUGCCAACCAUUUUAUUGUUCUGGCACCAGGCAAAGACAUUUUAUGUUUUCCUGGACAUUUGGGCAGCACCAACAAUUGGAGGUUUGUCUUGUUUUUUGAUGUUCACCUUAGGUUGGGUAGAGUGGUUAUGGUGGGGAUGAGCCCUCUUAUGAUACUAUAUCCUGGACUAUGUUUUUUAACGUAGGAUUUUUAUUAUUGUAUUUUUACUUUGGCUGUAAAUUGCUUUGGGACUUUUUUUUUUCUAGCAGCAAGCGAUACUUAAAUUUAAUAAACUUCAACUUACUCUACCUCCUACUUUCU